AUGCCGGAGGUGGACAGAAAUGCCAUCCCGGGCACAUUUACUCUAGUGGAUUUGGAGCAUACAUUGGCCACGCGACAUCUGGACGGAGGAAACAGUGACAUUGUUCUCGUUCCCCAGCCUUCGAAUGAUCCUGAUGACCCACUAAACUGGUCGGCACGACGAAAAUUACUGUCGACCAUCUGUGUCAGUUCGUAUACCUUGUUCGCAGGUAUUGCAUGCUCAGUUGUCUACUCAGUACUCGUUCCACUCUCCGAGGAGACAGGGGUUUCUGUUGGCACUUUAAAUGAAGGCACAGGAUAUAUGUUCCUGCUUGCAGGAUGGGGCCUACUAUUUUGGCAACCAUUCGCAUUGCAGUAUGGUAAGCGGCUGACAUACAUAACGAAUCCUUAUAUAACGAGUAAUGGACAAUGGAUCGCUCGUAGCGUUGUGACUGGCUUUUUCUUGGCGCCAAUCGAGGCCCUUCCUGAAAUAACAGUCACGGAUGUGUACUUCACGCACGAACGCGGAACGUAUAUGGGUAUGUAUGCCUGCUUCCUGGCUGGCAGUAACUAUUUUGCCCCAGUUAUAUGUGGCUUCAUUGCCGAGUACCAGGGCUGGCAAUGGGUAUUUUAUUACCCUGCCAUUUUCUGUGCCGUCACCGCUACGUUCCUUUUCUUUUUCAUGGAAGAGACGAAUUAUACGCGUAAAGGUGUCGAACGUACCACCUCUGCUCACCCAGUGAAUCCACCUACUUCAACAUCCGAGAAAGAGGAGCAAGAGAAAGCUGAUCCUGUUGAUACUCGGCAUACGGACACAGAGGCCGGUGAAGUACAUAAUGUAUACAAGAAGAAAACUUACAUCCAGAAGCUGUCACUUCUGGGGCCGCGUCAGCCCAAAAAUCACAUGCUUAGACGGCUCUGGCACGCUUUAUAUUAUUUGAGCUGGCCCGUUGUGUUUUACGCAGGCUUCUCAUAUGGCUCGUACUUGAUUUUUUUCAAUGUGCUGAACGCAACUGCCUCAAUCAUUCUUGGCUCUGCCCCAUACAACUUCAGCACCGCAAUUGUCGGCCUUUCCUACAUUGCUUGUUGUCUCGGCGUGGGUCUUGGCGCUAUCUUCACCGGUAGAUUCAGCGACUGGCUAACGAUCCGACUCGCUCGACGGAAUAAUGGAAUCAUGGAAGCCGAACACCGUCUCUGGCCGUUCCUUGUCUGUCUCGUGAUCCUCCCAGGCUCAUUGAUACUCUGGGGCGUCGGCGCAGCACAUCAGGUCCAUUGGUUUGGCCUCCUGGUAGCGAUGUGCCUUAUUGCGAUGGCGAACACGUGCGGUGUCACCCUGAGCGUGAACUACCUCGUUGACAGCUACCGGGAGCUAAGCGGCGACGCGAUGACAAGCAUCAUCUUAGUUCGAAACACGAUGUCUUUCGCUAUCGGUUACGGCAUCACCCCCUGGAUCAACAACUUGGGCUACCAAAACUGCUUCAUCUCUGCCGCAUUUAUCAGCAUGGCCUGCGCAGCCGUCUUCCUCGUCAUGAUCAAAUACGGCAAGACACUACGGACACGCAGCCGCGAGAAAUACUGGAACCUCGUUGUCGAGAACUGGGAAAAGGGGAUGACGCAUUAGAGUUGCAGUACGCAAUAAAUCAGACGCAAGCCCUAUAUAUAUUUCUAU